AUUUGGCGCCCUUGCAAGUCUUGAGCAUGGCAAGAUGGUGCAUUGUCGUGUCAUGAAGUCGGUGGUUUGCUCGGACACAAUUGUCGGGAACGCCCUCCUUGACAUGUACUUCAAGUGUGGCAGCUCUUCGGACGCUUCGUUUGCGUUUCACACGAUGCAGGUGCACGAUGUGGUGUCGUGGACAGCUAUGAUCGUCGGCUUUGGGCGUCAUGGUGAGGCCAGGAAGGCUGUUAUGUGCUUCAGAGAAAUGGUUCAUGGCGGGUUUAGGCCGGACGGCGUCACAUUCCUCGCAGUCCUUUCUGCAUGUAGCCAAGGGGAUCUUGUGGACGAAGGGCUUGCGGUUUUCCGCUCCAUGGUUGAGGAUCACCAUGUUAAGCCACAGAGGAAGCAUUGUGCAUGCUUGGUUGAUCUUCUAGGACACGCUGGGAGGCUAAAAGAAGCAGAGACAUUGAUUAGAGCAAUGGGAUUGGAAAUGGAUUCAUUGGCAUGGGAGUCACUCCUAGGUGCUUGCGGCUUACAUGGAGAAGUCGAGCUGGGGAAGAGGUCAGCAGGGAAGGUCAUGGAGCUAGAGCCAUGGAAUUAUGGCCCUUAUGUUUUGCUGUCCAAUAUGUAUGCUGAACAAUGUCAAUGGCGUGAAAAGGAGGUGUUGAGAGAGCGGCUUGAUGGCAGUAAUGUCAGGAAGGGUGCCGGUCACAGCUGGUUCUCAGUUUCAGAAGCUAGCUGAGCACUUCAUGUGGUUCUGCCACUCUGGUGUGGUUUCGCAGAAAAAAGUUUGCUGAAAAAGGUGCGGAUGCAGAGGGGACGAUGAACUGAACUUCAAGAAUUCACCCAAAGCAAAAAGCAUCAGGAAUCAAUGGAUCAUGCGACCAAUAUUAAGGACGUAAACACUUACUGAGAGACAAGGGCUUACAAGUCAGAACAACCUCGCUCAGCAGGCUGUAUGACAAGGAGAAGACAAGUGAAGUUAGAAAAGUAGAAAUUUAGCAACAUCCAUUUUUGAGUGGUUUCAAUCUGAUCAAAUGCUUUUGGUAAAAAGGAAUACGGUACUAUGUUUCUUCUGUGAGGAUUUUGUGAGUGUGUUUAGGAAGAUUAUUUGUGAGUAGACAACAAUGAGAAUACAUCUGUUGUGUGAGGAGGAAUCGAUCAACUAAAUUGUGCAA